AUGGGGAACACACUGACCUGUUGCGUGAAGCCCAAUGCCAGCCCCAAGCCCAGCCGGCGCUCGGGGCUGGCAGAGCCGGACUACGAGUCUGAGAUCUACGAGGCGGCGGCUGGGGACAUGGUUGCAGUAGCACCUACUCCCGCUACCCUGGACCCCGCGGAGUUGGAUUUCGGAACCGGCGAGGGCCACCACCUGCAGCACAUAAGCGACCGGGAGAUGCCGGACGAGUUGGCUUUGGAAUCAAACCCUUCCGACCACCCGAGAGCGAGCACAAUUUUCCUGAACAAAUCUCAAACGGAUGUGCGAGAAAAGAGGAAGAACAACUAUGUAAACCAUGUAUCUCCAGGGCACCUUACUAAAAAAUAUAGCUCAUGCUCAACAAUAUUUCUAGAUGACAGCACAGUCAGCCAGCCUAAUCUUAGAACCACAAUACAAUGUGUGACGUUAGCGAUAUAUUACCACAUAAAGAACAGAGAUGCAAAUAGAUCCUUGGAUAUUUUUGAUGAGAGAUCACAUCCACUCACACGAGAAACGAUUCCAGAGGAAUACUUUAAGCAUGAUCCUGAACACAAAUUUAUUUACAGAUUUGUUCGUACUCUUUUCAGUGCCGCACAGCUAACAGCUGAAUGUGCAAUAGUAACUUUGGUUUACUUAGAAAGGCUUUUAACUUAUGCCGAGAUUGACAUUUGUCCCACUAACUGGAAAAGAAUUGUUUUGGGAGCCGUCCUUCUUGCCUCCAAGGUUUGGGAUGAUCAGGCUGUAUGGAAUGUGGACUACUGCCAGAUCCUCAAGGACAUUACAGUUGAGGACAUGAAUGAGAUGGAAAGGCAUUUUCUGGAGCUACUUCAGUUUAAUAUUAAUGUUCCUGCCAGUGUUUAUGCCAAAUACUACUUUGACCUUCGCUCCUUAGCAGAUGACAACAACCUGCCUUUUAUUUUUUCGCCUCUUAGCAAAGAAAGAGCACAGAACCUAGAGGCCAUGUCCAGAUUGUGUGAAGACAAAGACCUGUGCAGAGCUGCUCUGAGAAGGUCUCUCAGCGCUGAUAAUUUUAUUGGUAUUCAGCAUUCUAAAGCCAUCCUGUCUUAAGGGAGAAGUGAGGGGUUGUAACAUUGUGAGCCCCUCAUCUCCAAGGACUGGAAAAAUACCACGUCACCUGCUCAAAAACCAGCAAAGGCAGUCCCUCAUCUAGGAGGACUGGAGAAAUACCACCUCUCCUGCUCCAGAACCAGCAAAGUUAGUGAGAGAGACAUCAAGCUGAAGAGACUUGUGGACAGCAAGUAUUCUGCUUGUAGCUCAUAGGAACGAAUGAGACCUUGUCAAUGCAAUACACUCUUUGUCCUUUACUAAACAGUUACAAACGCCACUCCAAGCAAAAGCUCCCAACCCACACACAGGUAUUUGCUUACAGUGUAGGCUGAUAACUGUGAACUAUGUGAGGCUUUUUUUUUUUUAUUGAAGUUUAAAUUUUGAAACUUGAAAGACACUAACUAUAUAUAAUGUUUAUGUCUUUCCUAUUUUUCUGAACUGCCUCCUCCAAAAAAAAGAAAACAAACCCCUCCCCCAAAGGAAAAAGAAACCCCCCACCAAUAUUGCUGCAUAUUCCUUUACAAUCAAUGCAGUAUUACCAUUAAAACAUGGGACUCCUAACAACUCAUAAAGCCACUUAACAACAGACUGUAGCAUUGUUAGGUAUUGAAGGAUUCUUCCUACUACAUCAUGGAAGCUGCUAGUCAUUAUUGGCAAUCAGUUUAAACCAAAAUGCUGCUGAAUAACACUUGUCAUUCAGUUCUUUGCAGGCACUACUUAUUAGCAUAUUAGCAUGUUGGGGAUAAGAGAAAGUUUCAGUCAUUGAUUAUCUAGUUAUAUUGGGUCCACGCUACAUAUCUUAACUAUAAUGUGAUUUUUAAAUAACUAUAAGGAUGCUUAUUUUCUGAUUUUUUUUUAAUGUAUCAAAAGAUAUUUUCAUAAUUCCAACCAACAUGGUGGUCCAGUGAUAACAAGCAGGUAACAAAAUAUUUGGUGCUCCCCAAGUACAGCAUAGUGUGCCUGGGCCCUCCCGGGCGCUCCUGCGGAAGUAGCAGUGCCACCACUCACAAAACAUCAUGUGAAAGUUUAAAUUUCUAUUUCUUGUAAACUUACUUAGUUUUGUAAAUUGUAAAA